AUGGCUCGAAUCGGGAGAGGACUACAAAUGACCUUAUCCUGGGUGCCGCAGCAAGACGGGAACAUUUCGCCGAGGACCGUUGAAGCCGCAGAAGGGGUGUAUGUUUGCCGAGCCAAACACUUUGGCGAAGUCAUGCCCGGAAAACUAGUGCACGGAGAAUGCAGAGCUCAAAUCUGUCAUUCUGGAAGGGAAUUCAAUAAACCGAAAUAUGAGGUUCUGUGUGAAUCUGGCUUUGGAGACGAGAAGUGCUUCAGCUGGAUAUCGCAACAAUGUGGUCGGGUCGCGCCAAACGCUGUUGUGUCUGGAGUUGGUCGAGACGGGCAGCCGCUGUACAUCGCUCGGGCGUUUAUCAACGGUCAGUGGGUGGUCGGUAAACUAAAAGAAGGAGAAAUGAAUGCUCGAUUCCCCUUGAAUGGCACUGAAAUCCCGCGAACACAGUACGACGUUUUGGUCUGGAGGAAAGACAAAUGACCGUGAUUAAUGACAGUUCUGAUUUUUCACCCCUUUUGUGAUGGGACUCAAAUUCGUUUUUUCACAAACGCAUGUAGCUGUGAGGCACGAG